GAAAGUGCUCUCUCUCUCUCUCUCUCUUUCACCAAACCCAACAACAACAAAUUCACACCAAAAAAGCUUUUCUUUUUCAUAUUCUCUCCUCCUCAAUGGCGGAGGUUUCCUACCUUCACCUCCGCGAAGACGACGACGAAGACGACCGCGACGACGUCGUUGUGUCCUUCGACUCCGUCCCUUACUGGUCCCACGACUUCGACUCCUUCGAUGUCUUCUCUUCAGAUCCCGAUUUCCCACCCUCCGAUCUCUCCCUCUCUCUCUCCCCCCAAAUCUCCUCCGUCCGUCUUCGCCGCCGCCACCGGGACCGAAUCGACAAUCUUUCCGAACCUGAUUCAAUCACCGAUGUAGAUCUCUUCGACCGCGAGAACCAGGUAAACUUCGUCAUGGACUUGUUCCAUCAACGCGUCGAGCAAUCCUCGAUAGUAGGAAACGCCGAUUUGUUGUCUUCUGAUUCGAAUUUCGGGGUUAUUGAAGGGAAUGAUGAAAUGGGUUCGAGUCAUUUGGAGCUGGAUCUAGGGUUAGGGUUAGGGUUUUGUAUGGACCAGCAUGGUUUGGGUGGUGAUGAUGGUGGUGGUGGUGAUGAUGAUCAUAAUUGUGGUUUUAUGGUUGCUGAUUGCGGCGACGAGUUCUUUGUGUCGAAAAGGGGGUCUGUGACUGAGUCCGGUGAGUCGUCUACAGGAGAAAAAUUCGGUGGCGGUUCGAGGGUUGUUGGGAUUGAUUCGGAUUCGAAUUCGGAGGAGGAUGAGAAUGAAGUUAUGGGGAUUAAUUUGAAUGCAGAGGAGGAUGAUUGUGGGUUUGAUAUUGGUUGUGAUGACGAUACAAGUAUUCGGCUUUGUUGGGAUUCGUUUGGAUUGGAGGAUCAUAGGGAUGGUGAUGAAGACUUUGAGUGGGAAGAAGUGGAUGGUAGGGUAGAUGAGAGAGAAGUGUUGAGCAUGUUUUUCGAUGCCGAUGUGGAUGAGGAGUUGGAUGCAUCGAUUUCAACUGCAAUUCCAUCACAAGAAGAUUUGGGUGUGGAGAGGAGGGUAGCUACAAUGAGGAAUUUGGAGUGGGAAGUCUUGUUGGAUAUUCAUAAUUUGGAUACAAAUGUGGAUCUUGAACGUGGCGGUGAACAUUAUUUGAGCGAUCACGAUGAGUACACUAAUACAGCAGAGUAUGAAAUGUUGUUUGGGCAAUUUGCAGAGAAUGAAAAUGCCUUGGUGGGAAGGCCACCUGCUUCAAAAACAGUUGUUGAAAAUCUUCCAUUGGUGGUUGUGGACGAUGACAAUGGACUUUGUGCGGUUUGUAAGGAUGAGAUAAAGAUUGGGGAACUAGGAAACCAGCUACCUUGUUCACACCUUUACCAUGGGGAUUGCAUUGUGCCGUGGUUGGGCAUUCGGAAUACCUGCCCUGUUUGUCGUUAUGAAUUGCCAACAGAUGAUCCUGCUUAUGAGCGGAGGAGGACCCAGAGAGCUGGUCAUGUUGAUUGAAGUAUCCUAAGUAUGUGUAUGUGAGAGAUCGAGGAAUUGAUCAAAGAGAGAGGAGGGGAUAUCAAAGAGGGGGUGUGAGGGACAUUGAUUGUGCGAUGGCAGUGGCAUGAGAGGGACAGUGGUUUUGUGAUGGCAAUGGUGAGUGAAGGACAAUGGCGGUGGCCUGAGUCUGAUGAUUGCUUGGGAUAGGCCUUUUUUUAAUUGUGGAAGUUUGGAAGAUGAGAUAGGUUGUCUCUUGUAAUUUGUAGCGAAGUUUGCUUUUUGAUAAUCUUCUCUAUGUUGGCACUUGAGUUAAAUUAUAACGACAGUUGACAACAACUCUGUCCAGUGA